AGCACACAAUGUCAGCCUCUGGUUCAGGAAGAGGAAGGAAGAGAAAAAAUGUUGCUGGUCACAGAUCUGAUCCUGGUUGGGAACACGGCAUUAAAGUGGAUGCUGCAAGCAAAAAGAGUGGUUCUGAAGAGGAACCGGAGCCAAAGCCGGAGCCGGAGCCAGAGUACACACCAGCAGGAAAAGCUUUAAAAGAAAAAUUUGCUAGGCUUCAUGCUAGACAAAAGGAAAACCUGGCUCAGAGAAAUGUAAAAGAAACAUUUGCUCCCAUUGAUGGAUUGUCUGGACCUGAGUCACUUCCUCAAGUCCCUUUAUCCAAUUCCAAAUAUGGGGAACAAGUGACUAAACUAGUUCAACCUGUUGAAGAGAAUGCUCCAAUGACUGAGUUGGACGAUAACAAAUGUGGUCAGAUUUUGUAGGAACCAAACAGCAAGACUGACUCUUCCUCAAGAAAGAGAAAAAUUUCAACGCAUGAACUGAGUGAUCAUUUGGAUAUUCCUAUUCAAUCUCUUGGUCAUCAUUCUUUUGACGUUGUGGGGCCAAGUGACCAUGUGCUGAGUACCAUCUGUUCAAACUCUGUGCCCAACAACGACUUGUUACCUGCUCUUGGACUGCGUGCUCCCAAUGCUAAUCGAAUGGAGUCAUCCCAGAAGAAAAUUUCAAGAUCAUAUAGCAGGCAAAGCAGAAAAGUAAUGAGACGAGAGAUCCCAUUCCGUAUAGCUUCUUGCUUUGGGACUUCAAAUGAGAUUGGCGGUAAAGAUCAUGAGAGUAACUUGGGCAAAUUUAAACUACCAGAUACAUCAGCGGAAGCUUUCCAACAGCUGAAAAAUAGCAACCCUGAUAAUUAUAUCCCGUUUUGCCGCAUCCUCCAGCAAUCCUGCCAGCAAGAGGUUCUGGGCGUUUUGAAAAUUCAGGAUCAUCUUUCUUUGACUUCCAAGAACAGAUGGUCCUGCCCAAAUUACCUGUUAAUGAGAAGUUGCAGCCUACAUUUCCAUUUCAGGCCAGAAAUGUGCCCCAUUCCCACCCUGACUUGAUACCCACCAGCCUAUCAUCGGGACCACAAGUUGGAAAUUCAAAUGACCCGGUUCAAGACAUUCCCACAAUGCCGUUGUUUCAGAAUAUAAACUUUCCACAUGAUGCACCAAAACACAAUCAGCAACAGAGGGAGGCAGGUCUCAUGUUGGGUUUGGGACAGACACUACCCACAUAUUCACCGUUUCUGGAAAACCAUCUGAAGCUUUUUGGAAACAUAACGAUGAGAACUGGGUCCGGAUCAAGCAGGCUGCUGAAAAAGAAUUCAAAAACAGGUAUCUGGUCUGAAGAUGAACUUGAUUUCUUGUGGAUUGGCGUUCAGAGACAUGGACGGGGCAAUUGUGAUGCUAUGCUUCAAGACCGGAGGUUAAUAUUCUCGAAAUUUAAAACUGCAGAAGAUUUGUCAGCAAGAUGGGAGGAGGAACAACUCAAGAUCAUGGAAGGGCCAGCUUUUACUCUGCCAAAACCAACCAAGCCUACAAAACCUACCAAAUUGUCCUUGUUUCUGUCAAUCUCUGAUGAAAUGAUGACCCGGACAUUGCAUGGAAGUAGAUAUGGUGGGACCCCGAAAUUUCAGCCCCACUUAACAGACGUGAAGCUGGAUUUUGGUGAUCUGGCACCCAGCUUAACACAGUUAGAACAGCUGUUUCUGCUGAACUCAUUUGGAACCAGUAACACAGGUUCUCUUGGUGUGCAUUGCUUGAGCAGCUUUGAUUUUCAGAAAAAGGAGGACGUGCAAGGGGCAAGGAAAAGAAGACGUACUUCGAAGAACAAGCUGCCACAUUGGCUUCAAGAAGCUGUAGGCGUUUCUUCAAAACCCCGAGGUCCCGACCUACCACCAACUGUCUCGGCAAUAGCACAAUCUGCUCAGUUGCUAUAUGGAGAGGAAAAAUUUACUAUUCCUCCAUUCGUAGUCCCAGGUCCACCUCCUUCCCAACCAAAGGACCCACGAAGAAGUCUGAAGCAGAAGCAGAAGAAGAAGAAGAAGAAGAAGAAGAAAAAGAAGAAUCAGAGGACUCACGUGCUCAGCCAUAACUUCCAAGGUGGCCUUGACAGUAACAAUGUUCUUUCAACCUCUGUUCCAUUGGCCCCAACAUUUCCUCUGGUUCUGCAGUCGGCAGUGGGAAUUUCAGGAAUGAACUGCAAUAUGCCUCCUCUGAAUUUGAAUACAAUGAAUCCAUCAUCGUCAUCCAUGUUUCAAAAUCCCCAGAAGAAAAUGACCACGGGAUUGUCACCUUCUCCUGAAGUGCUUCAAUUCGUGGCAUCCCAUGUUGCUCCACAUCCUGUUUCAGGUAUGACAAGCUCAAACUUCCAUGAAAGCAAUGUCCUUUUUCCUGAAUCUAAGCAGAGCUCACCUUUUGGUGCUUGGGGUCCACUCACAGGCUAUAAACUAGACCAAACUGAAAGCCAUGAUUCCAGCGAGACUGAGUAAGAUCCUACUCCACUUAAACAGCUGGAUGUUGUGGAAAUAUCGUCGGAAGGCACCGUGUCGGAUCAUCAUGUGAGUGACCAUGAACAAUAGCUAAUACAUGGGAUUGAUUCAGAAAACAUGACUCACUCUUUUACCAAUGCUGCUACAUAGUCAGGUCAUUUACCAAUUUGCUCCGAAUUUGUAGGCAUGAUAUGCAGUGAGUAUUAAACUAGCAGACAUAGGAGCAUUUAGGAUCUUUGUUAUAUAAAAUGGAGUAUAUAAACAUAGAUAACCUUUUUGUCUCACCCUAAACUCCAUUUUUUUUUUCUGGUUUAGUUUCAUAUUCUUAUCGGGGAGUGAUGAACUGGUUGUUUGUUUGCACAAUAAGGUUUUGAAUUUUGUUCAUAAGGUGGAUUAACAAAGUGAAGGUUUUUGUAUAGUUUUGCUCUUUGUUGCUAUUGCUGUGUCCUUGUAUGUACCGGUACUUGCUCCUAUGUACUCGUGCUGUAUUUUACUAGCGAAACACUUAUUUUUAAGAUGUUGCAAGGCAUGAGGAAUUUGAUGCAUAAAUGCAGGAUUGAAGUGAGGAAACUGGAAAAGUGUUUGAAUUAUGUU